AUGUCACACAGCGGGAGCCUGGAUUUGGACAGAUACACCAGCUUGGAUAAAUCUCGUCGACCCAACAGUCGCAGUCAAGCCAGGACCCUGGCCAGGAGUGGGGACGUCCUGUGCGACUUCUGCACAACAAAGAAGCAGAAAGCUGAGAAGUCCUGCUUGGUGUGCCUGGCAUCCUACUGCGAGACUCACGUCCAGUCUCACUACAACUACCCUACCCUGAUGAAGCACAAGCUGGUCAAAGCUACGGGUCAGAUGAGAGAGAAGCUCUGCGCACAGCAUGACAAGCUGCUGGAGGCUUUCUGUCGCACUGAUGAGACAUCGGUGUGCGUUUUGUGCAUGAUGGAUGAACACAAACACCAUGACAUCGUCCCGGCUGGCACUGAGAGGACUGAGAAACAAAAACAACUUAGUGUUACGCUGCACAAAUCUCAACAAAGGAUUGAUCAGAGGGUUAAAAAGUGGCAAGACCUCCGACAGGCUGUCGAAUCACUUAAACAUUCUGCUCAAACAGUCUUAGAGGAAAACGAGCGCAUCUUCACUGAGCUUCUGCUUUCCAUCGAGAGAAAGUAUAUUGAAGUCAAGGAAAUGAUCCGCACCCACGAAAGGACCACCGUGACCCAGGCCGAAAUACUGCUGGAUCGUUUAGAAGAGGAGAUUACUCUGCUGAAGAAGAAGCACAAUGACCUGGAGAUGCUUUCAAACACUGAUGAUCACAUACACUUCCUACAGAGUUGGCAGUCCCUGUCAGGCCCCUCGGGAUAUGAAGAUCUCAACAAAAUCAGCGUCGCACCCUAUUACUCCUUUGAUGCUACUAAGAGAGCCAUCUCUGCACUGAAAUUACAAGUGGAAGAAGUCAGCAAAGUUGAAAUGAGCAAAAUCUCAGGAGCAGUGAAGGAGGUGCACAUCACAGAAGAAAAUGAAGAAAGAAAGUCAAGAAGAGAAUCCUUUCUGAGGGAGGAACCAAAGAUAAGAGACGAACCAAGAACAAGAGAAGAUUUCUUGAGAUAUGCUGGUCAGCUGAUUCUGGAUGUCAACACUGUCCACCCCAACCUUCACUUGUCCGAGGGUAACAGAGCUGCCACAAUGAAGAAUGAACCCAAGAACUACCCUGACCACCCUGACCGAUUUGACCACUGGCAGCAGGUGUUGUGCAGGGAUAGUGUGAUUGGGACUCGUUGCUACUGGGAGGUGGACUGGAAGGGAACAGAGAUAGAUGUGGCCGUUACCUACAGAGGAAUCCGUCGUAAAGGGAAUGCCAAUGAAUGCAGCUUGGGCUGGAACGACAAGUCCUGGAGUCUGUACUGCUCUGACUCCAAAUUCUCUUUUGUGCACAACAACAAAAGCAUAGACAUCACAGCUCCGGUGUCUUCUCGUAUCGGCGUGUACCUGGACCACGCAGCAGGAACACUGGCAUUUUACAGUGUCUCUGAUGGCAUGCGUCUGUUGCACAAGAUCCAGACCACAUUUAAAGAGCCACUCUACCCUGCAUUCAGUGUGUGGGGCUUUAGUACGACUAUAAGACUGUAA